UUAAUCAAGCUAUGCAGGAUUUGUCCGGGGUAGGAUACUUUUCUAGUGAACAACACAAAGACGAAACACAUGCAAGACAAAAAAAGGACACUAACGACAUUCAAACUCUUCUCACGUUCUUGAAAAGUCGGAAUCCAUUCAUUGAUUUAGAGGUAGACCGUUCACUACGAAACAUUGAGACAGGAGUAGUAGCUGAUAAAACCGUGAAUGUAGAUGAUGCCAAAAAGGUUGGGACUUCCAUUCUACAAGAACUAGUAGGAAAGAAUAUAGCUGAUCACACGUUUAGGAGAAAGAAACAAGCCAUUACGCUUGGAAACAAAGUUCAGGCAAAACUUGACGGCGAACCUAUCAGAAUAGAUUCACAGCUCCUUUUUCAGAGAUGCACCACUGCUGCGCAAGGUAUUUUCGAAGAUAUUUCAGAGAUAUUUCAAUUUGAAUUAUGCGGAGUUCCUUCAUCAAUAUUUGAAACCACGGGCCUUCCAAGAGAACCCCAAAAAUCAACCCUUGCCGAAUAUAUGUGGAAUUUGAUUGAACUUAAACCAAAAGCACCAACAGAAACCCACUUUGUACUUGAUGGUGGUUCUCUUAUACACCGUUUACCAUGGACAAAAGGAGCUACAGUUGACACCAUAUGUAUGACUUACGUCAAUUAUGUUAGCAAUCACUAUAAAGAUGCAACUGUUGUGUUUGACGGAUAUCCAUCAGUUCCAACUACAAAAGAUGUAACUCAUUUCAGACGUACUAAAGGAAUCAUAUCUCCAAAAGUCAAUUUUAACAAUGACACACCAAUUAAAACAAAAAAAGAUGAAUUUCUUUCAAAUUCAGAAAAUAAACAGCACUUUAUCAAUACCCUUGGAGAAAAACUUAAGGACGGACAUGUUCAAGUUAUCCAUGCAGAAGACGAUGCCGAUCUAAAGAUUGUGCUUACAGCAAUAGAAAAGUCGGCACAACAUACAACUACCGUCAUAGGAGAAGACACUGACCUACUCAUACUGCUCUGUUAUCAUUUAAAAGAUACUAUAAACAAGAUUUACUUCAAAUCAGAAGCCAAGCAAAACACUCACAAAAUAAAGAUUUGGGACAUAACAGAGACAAGGAGAAAAAUUGGACCACUUUAUAAUGUACGCUCUAAAAGCUAUUUCUUUUCAUAA